AUGAUGAUGGAAGGAGCGAGCAAUGGAGGGAUGUUGUACCACGAAGUGCAGGAGUCGAAGCUGUGUGCGGUGCAUUGCGUGAACACCGUUUUGCAGGGUCCUUUCUUCUCGGAGUUCGAUUUGGCCGCACUCGCGUCCGAUCUCGAUCGCAAGGAGCGCCAGGUCAUGCUCCCCGCACUCUCCUCAGCCGAUUUCGAAUCGCACAAUGUGUCGCUCGACGGUGAUUUCAGCAUCCAGGUUUUACAAAAGGCAUUGGAAGUUUGGGACCUUCAAGUUAUCCCUCUUGACUCGCCAGUUGCUGAGCCUGCCCAGAUUGACCCAGAGCUGGAAAAUGCCUUCAUUUGUCAUUUACAAGAUCAUUGGUUUUGUAUCCGUAAAGUGAAUGGGGAGUGGUAUAAUUUUGACAGUCUCUAUGCAGCGCCACAACACCUUUCCAAGUUUUACCUCUCUGCGUAUCUUGACUCUUUGAAAGGCUUUGGGUGGAGCAUAUUCCUGGUUAGAGGAAAUUUUCCAAAAGAGUUCCCCAUCUCCUCAUCUGAAGCUUCUAAUGGUUUUGGGCAGUGGCUUUCGCCUGAUGAUGCUGAGAGAAUAACUAAAUCUUGCAACUCAGUGCAGGCUCCGCACCAGAGAGUUAACGAAAGGCAACAACAUUAUGAUCAGUUUCUUUCUCACGGGGAAGCUGAAAUGUUAUUAGACAUGGAAGAUGAGGAUCUAAGGGCUGCAAUUGCAGCUAGUCUGAUGGAUUCGUGCCCAAUUGUGACCAAUGCUGAAGCCAGUACUCCCCAAAAUGAUUAUCAAAGUAGUAAACAAGUCGCCAGUACUGAAGCUACCCCUCUAAAUGAUCAACAUCCAGAACAAGCAAUAACUACUGAAGCUACCCCUCUAAAUGAUCAACACUCCAAACAAGUGGAACCCAUUGAAGCUACUCCACCUCUCAAUGCUCCAAGCAACAAACAUGUGGCAGCUAUUGAUGCUCGUUCUCCACUAAAUGAUCAAAACAGCGAAGAAGCGGCAUCUACUACAGGUGAUAACUCUCAAGAUGAAAACCAGAAUAAAGAGAAAGCUGUCUAA